AAGCAGAAAAUAAAAAAGAAAUUGCUGCAUUAAAACAGCAAAUAAAAAAUACAGAAAGUGUAGGACUAAAAUGUAAAAAUCAAAGUCAGGAAGAGAAUUUAACAAAAGUUCAUAGAAUGGGUCCUCCAUCAUCAGUUGCUACACAUUGUGAAUUUUUCAAACAACAAAGACAAGAGAUUAUUUUGAAUGGUCAUCCACCCAAUUGUAUUGGUCCACCAAUUUUCUUAUAUCACGAGGUUUUUUCAAAAUUUUCUUCUGAUUUCAAUAAUCAAAAUCUUGAUUUAUCAGAUGGACUUU